AGAGUUAUUCAAAACAGGGAUGAAGUUUUUGCCUUUGUCGGCAGCUUCGUCCUCGGCAUCUCUGCAAAGUAAAUCCUGUGUUAUCACUAGCCCUGUGGAUACGUUUUUCACUGCUCAAGCCGCCAUCGAAUCUCCAUGUCAAAAGGAUCUUCCUACCAUUGUGGAUAUUCACCCCAACCAACAAAAAACGAAGCCAUUUGUUCCUCCAAUUGUAACAAGCUUUCCUCGUCGUAGGUAAAGCCCUGCUGAUUAUAAGUCUAAUAAAAAGUAAAUGGCACA